AUGCAAUAUGCUAAUGGUGGUAAUUUACAAAAUUAUCUUAAAAAUAAUUUUAAUAAUUUAAAUUGGAAUGGUAAAAACAGGUUAGCAUUUCAAAUUGCAAAUGGAUUAAAUUACUUGCAUAAUGAAGAUGUUUUACAUAGAGAUCUUCAUUCUAAAAAUAUACUUAUUCAUAAUAAUGAUGCAAAGAUUACAGAUUUUGGUAUUUCAAAAUUUGGAAAUAAUUCUACUAGACCUUGUGGUAAAACUGCUUAUAUAGAUCCACAAAUACUUACAAAUCAUAAUUUUCAAUAUAUUAAGCCUUCAAAUAUUUAUAGUUUUGGAAUUCUAAUGUGGGAACACUCUAAAAAUAUUGUUAUUCAUGAAGGUAAUGCUAAAAUUACAGAUUUUGGUAUUUCAAAAGUUGAAAAUAAUUCUUCAAUACAUAUUGGACUUUUUGGUAAAAUUGCUUAUAUGGAACCACAAAUACUUGCCGAUCAAAAUUUUGAAUAUAUUAAAGCUUCAGAUAUUUACAGUUUUGGUAUAUUGAUGUGGGAAAUUUCUAGUGGACAUUCUCCUUUUGAAGAUAAAUUUAAUAAUAAUUAG